AUGCUGAUCGGCAAUGAGACCGAUCUGGCCGUCGACCACCGUGCCGUCGUGAUGGAGGAUGCCAUCGACUUCGCCGAGGAACAUGGGGUCCUCUUCUCCGCGGCCUCCACCCUCAGCGGGGACACGUGGACAAGGCCUUCUAUUGGUUUUCAUUUCCAUUUGCCAAGUUACAAUUUCAUUCCUUCUUCCAGUAGCAGUCAGUAG